AUGCCGGAUAAUGAUAGUUGGGUCUCGCGAAAACGGAAAACGGUAUUGAGAUGGGGAGUUAGUACUUGGUAUAUGUGGUGUAAAUUUGAAGGGGAUGAGGGGGCUUUCGCGAGGAAAUAUGGAUUGGGGAAUGAGUCGGGGGAUUAUGCUAUUCAUGGGGGUGGUGUACCCAUUAGGGUUACGGGUGUGGAGGGGGUGGUGGCUUGUGUGGUUGUUAGUGGGUUGAAACAGUGGGAGGAUCAUGGGGUUAUUGUGGAGGUUAUUAGGGAUUUAUAUUAUUGA